GCGCCACGAUGGAAACUCCUGCUUCUACUUUUUAUUCAACAAAUAUUUAUUACUGAGCACCUACUUUGCCCUUAGUAUAUAGACUAGCAUUGUUCUAGGAUUAUUGUGAGGAUUAAAUGAGAUAAACCUAUCAAGAGUUUUGGUUCUAUCUUCUGUCUUACUGGAUCAAUAAAUAUCUGCUGCCAUCAUUUUACUGCAGCUCCUUUAUCUUUUUUCCUUGGGUGGGGCACCUGGACUGGGUAGUGUGUAUGUUCCAGAUUUCUGGUAUCUGCAGCAUUGAGAGCCUGCAGUGGGUAUCUCUUGUAGAAGUCAAAGCCUUUGUUAGGCCAAGUUAGGCCUGUCUUUCCACCCCAUUCAUUGCUCCUGUUGGGGAAAUCUCCUUUGCUGAUGGUAGAUUAGAUGCAGCUCUAGGUUAAGGGUAAGAAAGUGGAAUAACGAUAUAAAGACACCUGAUAAAUACUGUAACUUCCUUAUGCUGCCUCUUCAGAAGGACUCCUGAUUAAUUUUUUGAACUUUUCUUUGAAAAAUAGCAUUUAGGAAAAUACAUGUCAUAAGUGUACAGCUCAAUGAGUUUUCUUAAGGAGAACAGACCUGUGUAACUAGCAUCCAAGUCAGAAACCAUCCCAGAAACACCCUGCUCCUCCACUGUGCUUCUUUUGUCACCUAGAUUUCCUUCUAUUCUGACUUCUAACACCAUAGGUUACUUUUACCUGUUUUUUCACCUUUGGGUAAAUGGAAUCAAUUAGUAUGUACUCUUUUGGUGUGUGAUUUCUUUAGCUUAUUGUUAUUUUGUCAGAUUUUCUCCCACAUGUGUGGAGUUAUGGUUGGUUUAAUUUCACUGCUGAAUAGUGCUGCUAUGAAUAUUUUGGUUCAUUUCUUUUGAUGAUAAUGUAUGUUUUUCUGUUGGCUAUGUUCUCUUGGAGUUGCUGGAUCGUAGGAUAUGCAUAUGUUCAGCUUUAGUAUUUACCGCCAAUUUUCCAAAGUAGUUUUUACCAAUUUACAUGCCUUCCAGCAGUGUAUGAGAGUUCUGGCUGCUUUACAUCCUUACCACACUUGGUAUUGUCCUAACCAUUUUUUAAAACUGGUUUGUUCAUUUGUUCACCUGAUGUGUGUGAGGUCCUAACCUAGGCCCUGGGGAUGCAGUUAUGAACAAGAUGGAAAAGGUCCCAAGAUCCUUGCUUUUUUGAAAUUUAACAAAUAAGAAUAUAAUAUAAUGGUUAUUGCUUUGAUAAUGGGUGGUGCAGUGGAACCUGACCCUGAAGAGCAGUAUCAGGGGGUAGGGGGGUAACUUUAUCCACUGGGUAUCAGUGAAGGGCUCUCUGAGGAAGUUUCACUGGAGCUGAGACCUGAGCCAUCCUUGCAAAGACAUACAGGAAGAGAGAAGAGCAACUGUGUAAAUCUGAGGUCAUGAACAACCUUGAUCUGUUUGAGGUUUGGAAGAGCAGGCCUGCAGCAUAGUGAUAGGCUGAGGUGAGGCAGAUGAUGUGGUUCUGGCUCAGAGAGCCUUCUGUCCCUGUCUGCUCAGCCAUGGAUAAAUCACCCACCCUUAGACACUCAUUUGCUUAUACUGGCCUCACUACAGCUCACCAUCUGAAAAAGGAGUGUUCAUUUUUAUCUCGGCCUAGUUUUUGAGGGAAGAUGCCUGCUUUAGUAAGCCAAAAUAUGGUCUUGAUUUAAAAGUGUUGAGAGCAUGGAUUUGAUGACUUAGGUAUACACGAGUACUGUAGGAGUAUGGAGAUAGUCCUUCUGUAUGCCAAUUUGUGGUUUGAAAAAAUGAGAUCCUUGUGCCAGUGUAAUGAAAUAUCAUAGACAGUGUGACAAGUCAGAGCAUUUAUCCUGCAGCUGGAUUAUACAAGAACUGUAGAAACUGUGUUGGGAGAUUCUGGUUUGGUACAAAGCAUUCUCAGAGACACUCCAGUUUUUAUUAAAUAAUGGAGCUUAGUGAGUACUGCUGUUUUCUUGCAUCUUCUGUCUGUAUCUCAGUAGCCCAUUUUGCCUGAUUUUGUUGUAAAAAGUUCUGAGUUUACUUCUGAUAGUUGCAUGUUACAUCUUCCACUAAAAGGAGCAUAUAUUGAAGUGAAGGAGCCAUGGCGCACUGUCCUACAAGGCUGAGGACCAGACAGACUUCCUCACGGGCUGGCACCCCAUCGUUAGAUCAGAAACUGCACUACCAACCCUCCAAAGAAAUGAAUGUGAAAAUAACAGAUUGUUCGACUGAGGUUCUCAUCAAAGUUGGACAGUUUGUGUUGAUUAAAGGGGAUGAUGAUGAAAAUCCAUAUGUUGCUAAAUUGGUUGAGUUGUUUGAAGAUGAUUCUGAACCUUAUCCUAAGAAACACGCUCGAGUACAGUGGUUUGUCCGAUUCUGUGAAAUCCCAGUCCAUAAACAGCAUUUGCUGGGCCGGAAGCCUGAUGCACAAGAGAUAUUCUGGUAUGAUAAUUGUGCCUACAACAACAACGUUAACACUGAAACCAUCAUUGCCAAUGUGCGGGUACUAGCUCUAGCCCCAGAUGAAGUGAUACCCAUGGACCUGAAAAAUGAGAAGACAUUCUUUGUGAAACUAUCUUGGAAUGAGAAAAUAUUCAAACCACUGUCUCCAGAACUAGUUGCACAGUGGGAUGAACGACAAGAAGGCAAACGUAGAUGCCAGGAGUCUGUGGCAGACAAAACUAAGAGCACGGAAAGCCCUUCUUGGACCACAGCAAAAUAUGAGGUCAAAAGGAUUGAAUCAAAGCAUUCCACCUCUAAAUCUCGCCAAACUCCUUCCCAUCCUGUCACCCCAAGGGCAAGGAAGAAGCUGGAGCUCAACAGUUUCCCUAGGACGCGUCACACUAGGAUAUCCCAGCAGACAUCCUCAGCCUCGUUGGAUUCUCCCGGAAGAGCAAAAAGGAAAAUGGCCUUCUCAGAGAUCACCUCGCCUUCAAAGAGGUCUCAGCAUUAUGGGCCUCUGACCUUAUCUCCAGCUCUGAAAGCCCCAGAGAAAACUGGAAAGAUUCAACCCUCUUGUGCCAAAGAUGACAAGAAAGCUUCACCAGAUUGUCGCAUGAUCCUGAGAAUGCGACCCCCAGCUUUGAAAACAGAGACUAGUGAAGAAAGAACCCUUAGCCCCACCAUGGGGGGAUGGAAAUCCUCGGUGGAGCCGUAUGUGAUUCUGAAACCAGUAAACAUCAAAAACAGGGAGGCCAAAGGACCAGAAGUUCAGGACGAAGCUACCUCUACUCCCCAUCGUGUCCGCAGACAGAGCUCUCUUUUGACUUUGGAUCGGAUUAGGCAGCAGCUUAGGUUUUUAGGUAAGAGUAAAAGUGACCAAGAAGAGGAAGAGUUUCUACCGGCAGCAGAGUUUUCAGACUCCAGCAGUGAGGAGGAAGAGGCUUCCACACCCCGCCUUCCCAGGAGAACUCUCAACAGUGUGUCCAGGAACCCGAGCUCUUCCUUGAAGUCAUCCAUGCGGACCCCCUCCAAGACACCAAAGAAAACUCCUGGGCCUAGAACACCAAGUCAUGCCACUCCUCAGAUCCGCAGCCGAAACCUAGCCCCCCAGGAGCCCACCAAUGUGCUGGAGGAGGCCCGGCUAAGGCUGCAUGUUUCUGCUGUACCUGAGUCGCUUCCUUGUCGGGAACAGGAAUUCCAAGACAUCUACAACUUUGUGGAAAGCAAACUCCUUGACCGUACUGGAGGGUGCAUGUACAUCUCCGGGGUCCCCGGAACAGGGAAGACUGCCACUGUGCACGAGGUGAUACGCUGCCUGCAGCAGGCGGCCCGAGCAAAUGACCUUCCUCCCUUUCAAUACGUUGAGGUCAACGGCAUGAAGCUGACGGAGCCCCACCAGGUCUACGUGCAAAUCUUGCAGAAGCUGACAGGUCAAAAGGCAACAACUAACCAUGCAGCAGAACUGCUGGCAAAACGAUUCUGCACCCAAGGGGCCUCUCAGGAAACCACUGUGCUGCUUGUAGAUGAGCUCGACCUUUUGUGGACCCAUAAACAAGACGUGAUGUACAAUCUGUUUGACUGGCCCACUCACAAGAAGGCCCGGCUUGUGGUCCUGACCAUUGCCAACACCAUGGACCUGCCAGAGCGCAUCAUGAUGAACCGGGUGUCCAGCCGACUGGGUCUAACCAGGAUGUCCUUCCAGCCCUAUACUUACAGCCAGUUGCAACAGAUCCUGCUGUCCCGACUCCAGCAUUUAAAGGCCUUUGAGGGUGAUGCCAUCCAGCUGGUAGCCAGGAAGGUAGCAGCCCUCUCUGGAGAUGCACGGCGCUGCCUGGACAUUUGUAGGCGUGCCACCGAGAUUUGUGAGUCCUCCUGCCAGAAGCCCAACUCCCCUGGCCUGGUCACUACAGCCCACUUACUGGAAGCAGUAGAUGAGAUGUUUUCAUCGUCAUACAUCACUGCCAUCAAAAAUUCCUCCGUUCUGGAACAAAGCUUUCUGAGAGCCAUCCUCACAGAGUUCCGCCGAUCAGGACUGGAGGAAGCAACAUUUCAACAGGUAUACAGUCAACACGUGGCGCUAUGCAGGAUGGAGGGGCUCCCAUACCCCACCAUGUCGGAGACCAUGGCCGUGUGCUCUCACCUGGGCUCCUGCCGCCUUCUACUCGUGGAGCCCAGCAGGAACGACCUGCUCCUUCGUGUGCGCCUCAACGUCAGUCAGGAUGACGUUCUGUAUGCACUGAAAGAAGAGUGAAGGGCUUCGCAAGGAAGGACCGACCUGCUGAUUCCUUUUUCUAAGCACGGGGAGUCCUAGCAGCAAAGUAUCCUGAAUGGAAAUGGAUGUCACGUAUUUUGGAAUUUUCCAUUAAAUCAUUUGCCUUUUUCCAGAGAGUUUGGGAAGUUUUAAUAGUUGUUACAUACAUCAAAGUAUAAAAUCAAAGCAUCCUUCCUACAGUAGGCCAUCUCUCUGGCUUUUAUUUCUGUUAGUAGCCCCGCCGUUUAUUUAAUGGUAACAUACUAUAUAUAUAAAUACAUGCACACCCUUACUGUGUCUAUAUAAAAUAGUUCUGUAAGAACUUAGUUAUAUUGGUUGCUUCUAGGAAAGUAUUGGAUGGCUACUUCCAGGGUUAGAGGAAGACAUUCACUGUCUGUCACUAUGUAUCUUUUAAUGUUUGAACAAUGUGAGUAUAAAGUACUUAGUUUUUUUGU